AUGCCUACUUUACCCAAGGCCGAAGCAAAAGAGCUUUCUGCGUUCGUCCAGUCGUGCGUCGAAUACAAAACCAAUGUUUGCUUCACCGAUGUCACCGCCUACGAAAGCAACCAGAAGGGUGUACUGUCCUCAGGACUCGCUGUUCUUGUUGGAACUCACAAGCAACUCCGUGACCCCGCCGUCCAGCGUUUACCAUUUUACAAUCCCGCUGUUGCUGAAGCUAUUGAGCGGGUGAAGGAAGGUGGGACGUACGGCGUUUUGGUGGAGGGACUUGCGAAUGCGGCAGGCUCAAAGUUCGUGCGCGUUGUCGUUGGUGAGGUGCCCACGAAGGCAUCUCGCAACAACUGCCCUGCCCGACCGGAUGUUGUGACUGCACUUGUAACUGCUGCAUUGGACGAAGUUAAAGAGCCUAAUGCAACGGUGGAUGUCUUUGUGCUUUCCAAUGCUGUCCUUCCCAUCGCUGCUGCUGUAGCACGCUGUGGAAAGCACAACUUCUCCGCAAAGGAUGGUGCGGCAGCGGCGGCUUACAACAGUGGUAAGGUCAGCCGGUUGCAGGUGGUGUUCCCGGAGCCGCCCGCGAUCCCGCCAAAGGACUUGGAGGCGGUUGCCACUUCGACGCAACUCUGCCAGCGUCUUGUUGACGCGCCUCCCAACCUGCUAACCACUGCAACCUUCACAGAAAUUGCGCAAGGCUACGCAAAGGCGCUUGGCUUCGAUGUGGACGUCAUUUGUGGUGACGAUUUGUGUGAGCGCGGCUACGGAGGCAUAUACAGUGUGGGAAAGGCUGCUUUUGAGGCUCCUCGUCUCGUAACGCUGUUGUACACACCGAAGGGCACUCCCGUCAAAAAGGUGUCCCUCGUCGGCAAGGGCAUCGUGUAUGAUUGUGGCGGUCUCGCGCUCAAGCCGGCCGACUACAUGAAAUUGAUGAAGCAUGAUAUGGGUGGAGCGGCAGCCGUGUUUUGCGGUUUUCUGACAGCUGUGCGGCUUCAGCAGCCAGUGCAGCUCAGUUGCACAUUGUGCCUCGCGGAGAACGCCAUUGGUCCUAAGAGCUACAGAAACGACGACAUCAUCGUUAUGAAGUCUGGCAAGACGGUGGAGGUAAUCAACACUGACGCAGAGGGCCGCAUUGUGCUCGGCGAUGGUGUUUUCCACGCGACGAAUGAGUUGUCCUUUACCCCAGAUGUUGUCAUCGAUAUGGCAACUCUUACGGGAGCACAAGGUAUUGCCACUGGUCGCCACCAUGCGGGAUUGUACGUCAACGAGGAGGGGGCUGAAGCUGCAAUGUUGCGGGCGGGACGGGAGUCAGGGGAGACAUGCUUCCCGGUGCUUUACUGCCCGGAAUAUCACGAGCCCGAGUUCAAGAGCAAUCAUGCCGACAUGACCAACUUGAUGGAGAGACGUGACAAUGCUGGUGUUUCAUGUGCUGGUUACUUCAUUACUACCCAUUUGAGCCCGAAAUUCACUGGCGCGCACAUCCACGUGGAUUUGGCGUACCCAGUGUUUAACAGCAAUGGGGCAACAGGCUUCGGCCCUGCCUUACUUACCGAGUACUUCCGAAAAUUGUAG